AUGGUUUCAUUAAAACUCCAAAAAAGACUUGCCGCUUCAGUCCUUAAAUGUGGUAACAGAAAAGUUUGGUUAGACCCAAAUGAAACCCCAGAAAUUUCACUUGCCAACAGUAGAAAGGCUAUUAGAAAGUUGAUUAAAGACAGAUUAAUCAUUAAGAAACCAGCUGCUAUGCAUUCAAGAGCUAGAGUUGUUGAAAGAAAACAAGCUAAGAUUCUUGGAAGACAUACUGGACAUGGUAAAAGAAAGGGAACAAAGAAUGCUAGAACUCCACAAAAGACAUUAUGGAUUAUUAGAAUGAGAGUUCUUAGAAGACUUCUUCUUAAAUAUAGAACUACUGGUAAAAUCGAUAAACACAUGUAUCACGACUUCUAUCUUAAGGUUAAGGGUAAUCAAUACAAAAACAAGAAGGCUCUUAUGGAAUCUAUCUUCAAGGCUCUUGAAGAAAAGAAACUUCUUGCUAAAGCAAGUGUCCAAGUUACUAAGAAAUCAACUUUCAUUACUGAAAAGAAACCAGUUGUUGCUGAAGAACCAAAGAAAGUCGUAGAAAAGAAGGAAGAAAAGAAAACUGAAAAGAAAUCAAAGGCUGGAAAGAAAACCGCUAAGAAAUGA